AUGCAUCGCUUCAGCGUCAAACGGCCGAACCCCCAAUAUAAGAGCGAGCUCAUGGUGAUGGCUUCAUCAGAACAUCUUCAACUCAUCACCAUCAUCAAUUCGACUCACCUCAGCAACAAGAUGGCUAGCCCUACUGUCGAAGACAUCGCGAAGCAGAUCCGAGCCAAGGACCCGGCCUCGGCUGUCGUCCUUGAGCGCUACAUCGCCGAGACCGACCAUCUGAAGAACACCGUUCAGGCCAUCGUCGAGGACAUUGGUUACUGCAUGACGGAACUCGACCUACGUGAGGGCCGGUCCGAGGGACUGCGCCGAUGCACCACUGAUCUGUCUCGCUCUGUUGAGGAGCACACCAAGGUCACCGAUUCCGCCUACGAACGCAACUUUCGUCCCCGUUUCACCUGCAAGAUCGUGAGCUUCAAGUGCGUCAACGCGACUAAGAAGGCCGACCAGGAAGAAGAAGCCCAGAUGGAAUUGGUCGUUCAGUUCCCGGCUGCUGAGUACAGCGAGUCUCCUCACGCUCUGAUUCCUGGCCAAGCCAAGAUCUACAUCAUGAUGAAGGAGGAGCUUUAA